AAUUGCUGCAAGGCUACAAUUAGAUUAGUCAAUAAUCUUGCUUGCUUGUCGUAUUUUGGGAAAUCAUCAUCAUUUUAAUUAAAUAAUAAUUGUUAAUUUUAUAUUUUUGUGAAGUUUUUUAAUUAUUGUGAAAGAUAAAUAAAUAUCAACAAAAAUGGCAGAAGGUCAGAAGAAAAUUACGUUAAACGUAAAAACGCCAAAGGAAAAGAAAACAGUUGAAGUUGACGAAGAUGCCGAAAUUAAAGAUUUUAAAGCAAUCAUCGCAGAAAAAUUUGAAUCUGAACCCGAGCAACUGGUACUAAUUUUUGCCGGGAAAAUAAUGAAAGAUUCAGAUACUUUAAAAACACACAACAUUAAAGAUGGUUUGACCGUACAUUUAGUAAUAAAAGCACCAACGCGUCCAAGUGAUGAACAACCAAGACCGCAAGCUGAUAUAAGGCAGACGCCGUUUGGAUUGAACCAAUUAGGUGGUUUAGCUGGUUUAGAAGCCUUAGGUGCCGGUUCAUCAACAUUCAUGGAUUUACAAGCACGUAUGCAAAGUGAGUUAUUAAAUAAUGGGGAUAUGUUACGUACAAUAUUAGAUAAUCCAUUGGUACAGCAAUUGAUGAAUAAUCCAGAAACCAUGCGUACUUUGAUGACAUCAAAUCCACAAAUGCAAGAAUUAAUGGAACGUAAUCCUGAAAUAUCACAUAUGAUUAAUAAUCAGGAAUUACUACGUCAAACUAUGGAAUUAGCACGUAACCCUUCAAUGUUACAAGAGCUAAUGCGUUCACAUGAUCGUGCCAUGUCUAAUUUAGAAAGUGUUCCUGGUGGCUAUAACGCAUUACAAAGAAUUUAUCGUGAUAUUCAAGAGCCAAUGCUAAAUGCAGCAACUGACUCAAUAUCUCGCAAUCCAUAUUCUAGUUUGUCAAGUGAAUCAGGAAGUAGCGCUAAUCCUCAGCAGGGCACAGAAAAUCGUGCUCCGUUACCAAAUCCGUGGAGUUCUGGUGGUGGCGGUAGUGGUCCAGGUAAUCAACCAACACCAGGUGUUAUGAAUACACCACCAAUGCAAAGUUUGUUACAACAAAUGAGUGAAAAUCCAACAUUAAUGCAAAAUUUAUUAAAUGCUCCAUACACAAGAUCAAUGAUGGAAGCAAUGGCAUCAGAUCCUAACUUGGCAAAUCAAUUAUUGAGCACAAGUCCAAUAUUGGCUAAUAAUCCAGCAUUGCAAGAGCAAAUGAGUACAAUGAUGCCGCAAUUUUUACAACAAAUGCAAAAUCCGGAUGUUCAAUCAAUGUUUACUAAUCCUCAAGCUUUAAAUGCUAUAUUACAAAUUCAGCAAGGUAUGGAACAAUUACGCGCCGCUGCACCUGGUUUAGUUGGCAGUUUGGGUAUACCACCGGCACCACCAACAACAGCAGCAUCCUCAACUACAACAACAUCAUCAAAUACAACAACAACUACCACAACAGCUGGUAGUGGCGGUGCUGCAGUUGGAACUGGUAAUGCACAAAUAUUUAAUGAAUUUAUGGCUAGAAUGAUGAAUGGUAUGGCAAAUGGUGCAAGUAAUACAAAUGUACCACCCGAAGAGCGUUAUUCUUCACAAUUAGAGCAAUUAUCAGCUAUGGGUUUUGUUAAUAGGGAAGCUAAUCUCCAAGCUCUUAUUGCAACUUUUGGGGAUAUUAAUGCAGCGGUUGAACGAUUACUUGCUCUUAAUCAGCUAUCCUUAAGCUAACUAGCAUAAUAGAUAUUAAUAUAUACAUUAUUAAACUUAAAUGUAUCUUCAAGAAAAUUAAAAACAACUAUAAAUAAGGAAGAAAUGCUGAAAAAAAGGAAAAAUUAAUUACAAACCUAAUAAAAACAUUUUUUUUCUGGGGACAUUGGAAGACAUAUUAUUUUAAAUAAAUUACAUUAAAUUGCAAAUAAUAAGAGCUUGUAGGUAAUCCAUUAGUGUAUAUGUAUAUGAUCUAUCUAGGUGUAUACAUAUCCAUUCACAUUCAUUAAGGUAAUUGAAUAAAAAAAAAACUUAAAAAAAAAAUAAAAAUGUUUAUUCGUAUGUUUGAAAUUAUUAAAAUUUAUCUAUAUUUAAAAAGGAAAUAUUGGUUUGAAUCAGAAUUAAACUUAUUACAGAUAUAAAAAAAAUGCUUUGAAAAAAAUUUUCAAACUAUAUCCAUAUUUAAAAGCAAAAUUAAAGAUAAUUAAUAUAAAAUAAAGAUGUACCCUUUUACUUUAUAAAAGGAAAUAAUCUAAUCAAAUGAGAACAUUCAAUUGGAAAUAUUGAAUCCUUUCAUUUAAAAUAAAUAAAAAUAUAAAUACAUACAUAUGCAAAAAUUGUAAAAAAUAAAAUAAAUAUUUUCAGAAAUAUAUACAUACAUAAAAAUUAACGUGAGCAAAUUUGGUAGUGUUACAUGAUAGUUUUCUUUCUUUGUUUUCAAUUUUUCAUUUUGAAAAGUUAUAAUAUUCUUAAAUUUUAUAUUAUAUUUUACAUAUAAAAUAAAUACUUAAUACAUUUCCUCUUUUCCCCUUUUCCAUCCCAUUUUCAUUUAUUGCAUAAUAAUAAUUAUACAGUUUUUUAAUUGUAAAUAUAGUAUUUGAAAACAAAAUGUAAUCAUUACAAGAAAUACAAAAAAAUGUUGCAAGUAAAAGGGAGUAACAUAAAAAAGUAAAUAAAAGAAUAUGUUUUAAUUGA